UCUCAAAGCGUCUGCGUGUCAUGGCGUCCUCCUUGAAGGGGGCUGGGUUCACUGCUUCAUAAUAUUUGCGAUAUUUUACAUUCCCACGAUCAGCUGCGCGUCUUGAACACUUUUGAAGGAUAUAAUUGGAUAAAAUGGGGACUGUGCACGCAAGGAGUAUGGAUUCUUAUCCCAUGUAUGGACGAGACCUGGGCGUUAACUCAGAUGAUAUGGAGGUGAUGAAGGCAGAGCAAGAAAAUAAGCAGGAGAUUUUAGAAAAUAAAGAUGUUGUUGUUCAACAUGUCAGCAUUGCAGGACUAGGCAGAACCAAAGAAGAUUACUUAGGCUAUGAGAUCUCAGAUGUCUUCACUGCUAGGAACCUGGUGGAAGUGAUGAGAAAAUCCCAUGAGGCCAGACAAAAGUUACUCCGUCUUGGCAUAUUUAAGGACGUAGAGGUGGUGAUCGAUAUCUCAGAAGGUACAGAUGCGCUGCCAAAUGGGCUUGAUGUUACAUUCGAGGUGACUGAGCUUAAGCGACUUACUGGCAGCUACAACACGAUGGUCGGAAACAAUGAAGGCAGUAUGGUUCUGGGUGUAAAGCUUCCCAACAUAAUUGGCAGAGGAGAGAGACUCACCUUCCAGUUCUCCUAUGGUACUAAGGAAACAUCCUAUGGCCUCUCAUUCUUUAAACCACAGCCAGGAUAUUAUGAGCGCAAUUUCACGCUGAACCUGUACAAAGUCACAGGCCAGUUUCCCUGGAGCUCGCUGAAGGAAACGGACAGGGGCGUUUCCACAGAGCUUAUUUUUCCUCUGUGGAUGACGGAUCACACUUUGAAAUGGGAAGGUGUUUGGCGUGAACUCGGCUGUUUGGCUCGCAGUGCCUCAUUUGCCGUGAGGGAAGAAAGCGGCCACACUCUUAAAUCUGCCCUUUCUCACACUAUGGUUAUAGACACAAGAAACUCUGCCAUCUUGCCCCAAAAAGGUGCCUUACUGCGGAUCAAUCAGGAACUGGCAGGAUACACGGGUGGUGAUGCCAGCUUUGUAAAGGAGGACUUUGAACUACAACUUAACAAACCUUUUAUCUGGGGUUCUGUAUUAUCUGCAUCCUUGUGGGGAGGGAUGAUCUUCCCUCUUGGGAGUCAACCUACAUCCAUUGCUGACAGGUUCUACCUGGGUGGUCCAACAAGUGUGAGAGGUUUUGGCAUGUACAGUAUAGGCCCUCAAAGUGAAGGUGAUUAUCUGGGUGGUAAUGCAUAUUGGGCUGGUGGGCUCCACCUGUACACGCCCCUCCCCUUCCGCUCGACCCGCAGUGGCCUAGCUGACCUCUUCAGAACGCACUUUUUCCUUAAUGCUGGAAACCUUUGCAACCUCAACUACGGAGAUGGACCACGUGCACAUCUACAGAAGCUAGCAGAAUGUAUCCGAUGGUCAUACGGUGCAGGAAUAAUUCUGCGACUGGGAAACAUUGCUAGGCUUGAACUCAAUUACUGCUUUCCCAUGAGUGUUCAAGGUGGAGAUAGGAUAUGUGAUGGUGUGCAGUUCGGUGCAGGCAUCCGCUUCCUGUGAAUAUCUCUGCUGCUGUUCUUGUUCUGAAGCAGGGGGAUUUCUUUUUGUAAUAUUUUGAAUGUUAAACACAGGUAAUAGUUUCUCAUGCAUGCGCACUCUAAGAAUACAGUUUUUUGUAUAGAAAUCGAAAGGUGACAAAGAUGUCUUUAUUACGAAAAACUAUUGAUUUUCAGAGUUCAGAGUACACAGGUUUGCUGAGUUGGGCAAACUUGUACAGUUGUUUACAGCAUGGUGAAACUGAAAAACUUUUAAAAAUUAGCCACGGUCAAGCGUGGUACCAUACCCAUGCCAUUAGGACCCUUUGUGUUAUUAAUCAAUAUUGGGUAUAGUAAAUGUUGUGUUAUGGAAAAUAGGGUUACACUUUAUAAUAAGGGUCCAUGAAUCAUAAUAAAUGUAUAAAUUAAAGACAUAAAUGUAUUUUUACUUAAACAUGAACUAAUGCUGAGCAUGUACUGAUCAUAAACUAAUGAAGAGUCAUCAUUAAGUACAACAUGAGAUGUUUUUUGCAUGUACUGAUCAUAAACUAAUGAAGAGUCAUCAUUAAGUACAACAUGAGAUGUUUUUUGUUGUUGGUUAAUGUAUUAAUUAACAAUGCAUUCAUGUGUUGAGUCAUGUUUUGAUCAGUAGACAUGCCUUAACUAAGCAUUACUUCAUAUUUAAGUAAGAAUUAAUUUAUGUAUUAGUUCAUCAUGAUUCAUGUACCCUUAUUAGAAAGUGUUAAUGAAAACAGCAAUCCUACGUUUACUGUGAUAUUCACCACCAAUCGCAGUCUGGCUACUUCUGGACCAUCCACAUUUUUUUGGAUGGAAUAUAAUAAUUAAUAAUGGAUUAUUCAAAUGUUCAAACAUUUGUUCACAAUAUUGCUGAAAUGUCGAGUUUAAUCUGUAGCCAUGUGACUAUAAGCACCUUUCAUAUUUAAGUAAGAAUUAAUUUAUGUAUUAGUUCAUCAUGAUUCAUGUACCCUUAUUAGAAAGUGUUAAUGAAAACAGCAAUCCUACGUUUACUGUGAUAUUCACCACCAAUCGCAGUCUGGCUACUUCUGGACCAUCCACAUUUUUUUGGAUGGAAUAUAAUAAUUAAUAAUGGAUUAUUCAAAUGUUCAAACAUUUGUUCACAAUAUUGCUGAAAUGUCGAGUUUAAUCUGUAGCCAUGUGACUAUAAGCACCUUUUCUGCUUUAAAUAAGAUAAUUUUGUGUUUGCAUCAGUCUUCACCUCUGAUGCCAAACCUAGUAAAUAAAUCAAUUAAGACUGUAUGAGUCUAUAAGUGUCUGUGAGUCGAUGUUAAAUUUCCUUCAUGAGUCCACCAGCAGCGCUCUUAUUGUCGGGGUGAUUUUUAUUUUAUUUUUGUCAGAACUUUAUGUAACGUUGUGCACAAAAAAAUAAACCAUUUGGUUCCCUGUUA